GUCAAUUUUUAGAACCAUUAGCAUUGGGCUUUUCAGAUUCAUGACCACUCUGUAACCGUAAGUAUCAAUACCAAGUCAUUUUAGGAAGUGCAGUAACACUUCGGAAGCAGCUCGAUCUGCUGAUGGGUGCGUACCGUAUUGGCGACGUAAGGGAGGUGAAUCGGAAGUACUACGAUCGCGAUGUGUGCCGCCUCUACUUAUCUAGCCUUUGGCCUCACGAACUCUUCCAAUUAACGGUAUUCUCCUGAUUGAUUCCUUAAUUUUUUUUAAUCUUUUCUUUAUGAUUCGUUAAUUGUUAAAUGAUUCAUAUCCAAAUUGGAAGAAGCUAAGGCAAAAGGCAUCGAUAGUUAUGAUAGAGAGUUGGAAGAUGCUAUUGACAGGCUCAUUGUUGAGUGUGAUAGGAAAAUUGGUAGAGCUCUCAAGCAUCUUGAAGAUGAGGAUGCAAAGGCCACUACUGCUAUAUCAAUCUCUGAAGUUACUCAGACACCAGAAGUACUAGAGCUUUCAAAGCAAAUUAAGAAGAAACUGAAAGAAGUUGAUCAAUAUGAUCUGGAAGGCAAGACAUAUCUUAAAAUAUAAGCUCUAGAAGAAGUAGAAGAGCUUAGAACUAAAGGAGCAGACAAACAGUCAACACUGCUUUUGGAUGCAUUCAAGAAAGAUCUGGCAUCUUUGCCUCAACCAUUGCCAAACCCGUUAUCUUUGGCACCACUGCCUGUGCCUGCACCUGAUUCGCGGAUCCAGGAAAUGAUAAACGAGAAGCUGAAGAAAGCUGAGGAUCUUGGUGAGAAGGGGAUGGUAGACGAGGCACAAAAAGCAUUAGAAGAGGCUGAAGGCCUGAAGCACUCAAGAAGGUUUCAAUUUCUGAAUUUAUUAGUGUUUUUUCUGUAAAUUAAUUUUUAUUAGCUUGCACCUCUUCCUUCUCCUUGGUAUGCCUUAUUUGUGGAUAAUUGUUUUUCGAUACAUUCAGCUCUCUGCCAAACAGGAGCCUGUUCUGGAUUCCUCAAAGUAUACUGUUGCUGAUGUUCGCAUUGUCACUUCUGUUUUUCCUUCUUUCAGUUUCACAGAAGAAAAACUAUGAUAAAAAGUAGAUAAGAAAUCGCAGACACACUUGGACCUUCCAGUGAUUUCCAUGCAACAUGACAAUGUCUCAAGUGGUAUCCAUGCUGUCCUCAUUAUCCAAUUAAUCAACUUAUGGUCGUGGACCUAUAUUCUCUUGUUACUAUUACAAUCAUAGGCAAACAAAAUUCAUGUUAGAGAACUCUUAAGAUAUUGGAAAGUACUCUCCAAUAUUAGUAAAGUCUAUCUUUGUAU